CACGUCGUCAUAUUAUAGACUUCGAAGCUUGCGGGUUGCUACUUUCUUCACCUCCAAAGCGUCCGUUUCCUCACCGGAAAAAGGAGAUGAGCCGACUUUUAAAUUCACUUCAAGGAACUCUUUUAGUAAGCAAAGUAGUUGCUCAAGAUCCAUCUAAAUUACUUUGUCGUAAGUUUUCUCCAUACGUUGCAAAGUAUGACGACAGAUACCAUUCUGUCUUAUUAUCAACACAAGCACGAAGUCUGGGGGUAGUCUAUUGUGAGAAGAACUUGGUGAACUCUGAGGAUCAUGCUCUUAGUUGGUUGAAUUUGGAGACUGUUCCACAUGUACAAACUCUUGGAGAAUUUCCUAGAGAGGAGCUUGCUGGAAAAGUUGUCAUGGUCAGGUUUGAUUCAACCUUACUGCUACAGGAAGAAAUGGACCCAAGGAUUAACUCGGUGAAGAAUGCAAUCUUCACCAUUAAGUACCUAUACAAAUCUGGAGCAAAAGUGAUACUUGCCAGCAACUGGAAUAUAAACUCUACUGCAAGACAUCCUGAUAUGGAUUCUGUCGCUGAUUACUUGUCCUCUGUUCUUCAACUUGAAGUUCUUCCAGUAAAGUGCAGUUCAUUUAAUUUGCUGUCAACGAAAGAAAGCUUCAAAAAAGCUGAUAUUCUUCUUCUAGAGAACCUUUCCGAGUUCAAAGAAGAAGUUGCUAAUUGCUCAAAAUUUUCCAAGCUGCUAUCUUCAGGUGUUGAUAUUUUUGUUAACGAUACCUUCUCUCAGUCUCAUAGAAUUCUAGCAUCCACAGUUGGGAUUACUCGUUUUUGCUGUACCUGCAUAGCUGGUUUUAACUUUGAAGAAAGUUUAUGUCAGCUAAAGAAGGCUGCAGAAACCAAGAGCCAACCUUACAUUGCAAUUAUUGGAGGAGGCAACCUUUUGGACAAAGCAGCUGCCUUGCACUUUUUAGCUUCCACAUGCUCUGGGUUGGUCUUUGUUGGAAUGAUGUCAUUUCAGAUAAUGCAUGCUCUGGGGCUGUCUGUUUCUUCACGUCUGGUGAAUCAUGGUGUAUGUAAGGAAGCUGCAGACACAAUUCAGUUUGCGCUUGAUAACGACGUAGAAAUUGUGUAUCCAAAGGACUUCUGGUGUAAAGAUGUUGAAACUUCAAAGCGAAUGAAAAUAUUUGCUUCUCAUGAUAUUCCAGAUGGUUGGCUACCGGUCGAUCUUGGUCCUACAUCAUUGGAUGAAAUAAAUGCCCUGCUUAUAAAUAGCAAGAAGAUUAUAUGGAUUGGUCCAGUGAAAUUCAGUGAUUCAAGCCCAAGUACAGUCGGAGCUUCUAAAUUAGCAAGAAAGCUAUAUGAUUUAGCCCAAAAUGAUUGUGAUGUAACUGUUGUUGGAAACACAGCACGCAAAGCAAUAAUGCAGGAAUCAAGUACCCUAUCUGCUUAUAAUGUCUUCGAGAAUGCUUCAGUCGUGUGGGAUUUCUUUAAAGGGAAACAACUUCCAGGGGUUUUGGCCUUGGACCGAGCAUACCCACACAAGAUUAACUGGGAUGCAGUCUUUUCUGAUGCAGCUCUACCUUUGGUGGUUGACAUUGGAAGUGGUAAUGGGAUGUUUCUUCUGGAAAUGGCUAGAAGAAGGAAGGAUCUCAAUUUUCUCGGUUUAGAGAUUAAUGAAAAGCUUGUGAAACGUUGUCUACAUUCUGUUUAUCAAUUCGAGAUGAAGAAUGGGCACUUCAUUGCGACAAAUGCAACAUCGACAUUUCGUCCUAUCGUGUCUAGUUACCCAGGAGAUUUAGUUCUCGUCUCUAUCCAGUGCCCCAACCCUGAUUUCAAUAAACCAGAGCACAGAUGGAGGAUGCUGCAAAGGUCAUUAGUGGAGGCAGUGGCAGACCUGCUUGCAUCUAAUGGAAAGGUAUUUCUUCAAUCUGAUAUUGAAACUGUGGCUUUGAGAAUGAAGGAAGCUUUUUUACUAUAUGGAAAAGGAAAACUAGCUGUUGUGCAAGACCAAGUUGAAGUUGAUGUGGGAACUAAUGGGGAAGGAUGGCUUAAUGAGAACCCAUUUGGAGUAAGAUCAGACUGGGAACGACACGUAUUAGAUCGUGGGGCUCCUAUGUUCCGAUUAAUGCUCUCGAAAUCAGCAACAGUGCAUUAGUUCAACUGAGAUUCAGAUAAUUCGACUUAGUUAUCCAUCAAUGGAGCUAACUCAGAACCAUGAAUGUAUACCGCAACUUGAUCGUCCUGUUCAUGCACUUUCAACUUUGCAUUCUACCUAAUUGUCGUCAUUGGUCGAGUUUAUGGUGCAGGAGCUGAUUUUGUCGAAGAAACUAGUGUGGUAAUCCGUGUUGCUUGUUCUUUCCAACUGGACGGAGACGACUUGAGAUUGCAGAGAAGUUGCCAGAGGAAAACCUUGGAAUGCCCUCUAGUACAAAGAAAAGAUAAUGGAGACUAUCUCCAACUCUGAUUCUUUUACUAUUUUCAUUCAAUGUCCACUAAGGGUCAGUUUCUGAGCAUUCAGUUUUGUACUGAUAAUUCAAUGAGCUGCUGCAGCCUCAGCCUGCCAUUCUUGUCUUCUGCUUCAUAUUUUGGCUUGUAAGCUGAUUAACCAACAAUUAGGAAUAUGACCAACUUUUUUAUUCCAUACAAAUUAUCAGGGAAAAAGGGCGAAACGUAAAGCAUGGAAAAACGUUUUCUUGCCAA